AAACUGAUGAAAAAAAAAAACAGAGAUGACAUACUUUUAUUGGUCUAAGAUACCAUAUCAAUGUUUCCCGCCUGGUAUCCGAGACUUCGCCCCGAUUAAUCCGGACCCGACCCGCGUCGCGCACCUGGAAAUGGUGGGUGAGUCUCCCAGCGGGAGCUGCUGUAUACACAAGGACGCGAACUCGAGACCUUGCUUAAACUGGAACAAGCUGCUUAUCACUUGAUCCAACCCCUUGUUGGUACGCCAGCACCUACUUGAUUCACAAUAUACCCUAAUUGUAUCCUAGGCCAGUUGUGCAAUUGGAGCACAAAAAGGUAUAUAUAAAAUCUUCACUCCAAAGAUUUUUAGUAUAUUUUAGCCAAAAAGAGACGAGUCAAGAUGAUGAGUAAAAUUUCAUGGCGAGGCAAGAGGGACGAUAACCUUGGUAUGGGGAUCAGAAUCAUCAGGUCUAUCAGGAAGUGCCCUGUUCGGCAUUGACAAUAAAUGUGCAGUCCAUUACAAUUUUGAUGGUUCUACAACGUCAAAGAAAUGUGAAUAUAAGAACUUCACGUUCACGGCAUUGAGAUUUUUAUUUUUGUAAUGUAGAUAUUGAUUUUUGUAAGCUAAUUUAUUUUCUCGAUUUUGAGAUAUUGCAGCCAUAAAGUAUAGACAAUAGUGGCUGAUUUCUUCAUUUUCUUUUGCUCCUAAAUUGUAAUACAAAUGAAAAUGCCUUCUUCUG